AUGGCAGCGAUGGACGAACGAGCAAUUGUCGAAGCAGAACGUCAAAGAUUUAGACAGUGCUCAUCUAAACUGAUGUCCAUGGUUGCUGGAGAGGGGGAAGCUUACAAGACCCCUCUCAAUUCAGUUCUUGACCAGUUUAUUUCUCUCGAUUACUGUAUCCAGUUUGUUACCGAUAAGGAAGCCAGCGCCAUAUUAAACAAAGUAUGCACAUUGGUGCCCUUGAAGUAUGAGUUAUUAGUCACAAAAGCAUGUCAAGUCAUUGUCAAUAUUGUUGCACACCAACAGAUUACUUUGAAUCAAGAUACCUUAGAUAUCUUAUUGGAAUACAUCAUUACAGCCACAAAGACAUGUCAAUCGUGGACAUUACCAGACACAUUGAGAGCGCUGGGUGCAAUAGUUUAUGAAAAUGGAGCCAAUUGUGGAAAGGUGGGCAUUGUAUGGAACAAGCUCCUAGGGGGCCCUGCCCCAAACUUACUACAAAGUACAUCUCAGAAUGCCUUGCGAUCCUGUAUGUGUGAUUGUUUAUCCAACAUUGGUUCUCCAGUUUUUGAAUUAUUGGCACUAGACAAAAGGAUAUUAUGCAUUACAAUGUUAUUAGGAUUAAGUGUUGAUGAGGACUAUAGAGUGAAGUCUUCAGCUGUCAGAGCACUGGGUGUUUACGUGGUAUAUCCUUGUCUCAGAGAGGAUGUAUUAUUUGUGGCUGAUACUGCUAAUGUAAUAUUAAACUGUUUAGAAGAUGCCUCAGUACUAGUAAGAAUGAAAGCAGCAUGGUCGCUAGGCAACCUCAGUGAUGCACUCGUUAUGAAUAAGGAUUCCAGUGAUGCGAUAUUUCUACAAGAUUUUUCCGACAUGUUAUUACAAAGACUAUUCACUUCAGCAAUCAAAGCCUCAGAAGACAAUGAUAAAGUGAAAUCUAACGGUGUCAGAGCCAUUGGAAAUUUACUCCGAUAUAUUAAGCCAUCCACUAUGUCUAAAAGUGGAUUUACAGUAUUAGUUGAGCAAUCAGUGCAAGCAUUAGUUAAGAAUGUCAUUGGUGGUACCAUGAAGGUGCGAUGGAAUGCAUGUUAUGCUGUUGGUAAUAUGUUUAAGAAUGCUGAUCUACCAGUUGGGUCGUCUACGUGGACGUCAGAUGUCUACGAUGCUUUGCUAGGUGUGGUUGCUGAUUGUAAAAACUUCAAAGUAAGAAUCAAUGCGGCAUUAGCUAUUGCUAUACCUUUAAGAGGGAGAAGUAUGGAGACGUACAACAGUUUUGCUCAAUAUGGAAAUGCUUGGUAGAUGCUCUUGAAGGAAGUGAUAAAGUUACUGCAUUCAGUGAAUUCAAAUACAGAGAGAAUCUUAGAGAUCAGAUGUGCACCACUCUUAGCCAUAUUGCUUGCUAUGUAACAAAGGAGGAUCUACAAGCUUUACAUUAUGUUCUCAAAGACAAGGUUGACAUGUUGAAAGAUUAUAUGUGUAAACAUUAUCAAAAUGUUGAAAGUAUAAAAGACCAAGACUCCACCAAAUUGCAAUUGGUGUCUGAUGCUCUGUCUUAUCUUGGCAAGUUGGAUGACAGUGGACUGAGCAAUGAGGCUCACCAUACACUAUCUGAUUUACAAUAUAUAGUUGGUAAAACUGACUGAUAUAUCCAGUUUAUAUUACCGGUACAAGAAAAGGCUUUAAGGACAAGCCAUUGAGCUGUACGAUUGAGAUGAUACAUCGUUACAAGUGGUGUAAAAUUUGUGGAGCCCAGAAUUUAAAACAACCAUAAAAUGAUGAUUUGCAACAUGUGAUAUUUCAUGUUAAAUAUCAUAACUGUGACUGAUUGCACCAUGGUCAUGUCAUAAAGUAGUUAAUAUUUUACUCAGCUUUGUAAGACAGGGACCAACUUUUGAAAAGGAACUUUUUUCAAAAAUCUAAACAGG